CGUGUCGAGGCCUCGCGCACCAAACACAACUCCGAAAGCCAAAUUUAUCUCUGCCCUCUCGACACGUACGCGAUUGCUGCUGAGGAUGGCGGAGGCAAAGGCGGCGCCGCUGCUGGCGCGGGAGGACGGGGGCGCCGCCGCCGAGGGAUCCGGGCGCGGCGGCGGAGCGACGUGGGCGCAGACGCUGGGAAACGUGGUGGUGUCCAUCGUCGGCACGGGGGUGCUGGGCCUGCCCUACGCCUUCCGCGCCGCCGGCUGGCUCGCGGGAACCCUCGGAGUCGCCGCCGCCGGCUGCGCCACGCACUACUGCAUGCUCCUCCUCGUGGAGUGUAGAGAUAAACUGGAAGAGGAAGAAACAGAAGAGCCAUGUGAUGUUCUCUACACAUACGGGGAUUUGGGUCAGAAGUGUUUUGGGACAAUCGGUCGAUGCUCGACAGAAAUCUUCAUCUUCCUUUCUCAAGCCGGCGGUUCUGUUGCUUACCUGAUAUUCAUUGCUCAGAAUCUCCACUCCAUGCUUACCCAGUUCAUGUCACCAGACGGCUUCAUCUUUGCCGUCCUCCUGCCUAUGCAAAUUGCACUCUCCUUCGUUCGCUCGCUGUCCUCCCUUUCACCUUUCAGCAUAUUUGCAGAUGCAUGCAAUGUCCUAGCGAUGGCCAUAGUUAUCAAAGAGGACAUACGGCUUUUCGACCAUCCAUUUGCUGAUAGAAGUGCUUUUAAUGGGCUUUGGGCGAUACCUUUCUCUUUUGGGGUUGCACUUUUCUGCUUUGAAGGGUUCAGCAUGACUCUGGCACUGGAAGCAUCGAUGGCGGAACGGAAAAAAUUCAAAUGGGUGCUUUCUCAAGCACUUGUAUGUAUCAUGUUUGUGUAUGCAUGUUUUGGAGUGUGCGGAUACUUGGCUUAUGGUGAAGCCACCAAGGACAUCGUAACACUUAAUCUUCCCAACAGCUGGUCUUCUUCUGCAGUUAAGAUUGGCCUAUGCAUUGCACUAGCAUUCACAUUUCCGGUCAUGAUGCACCCGAUCCAUGAGAUCGUUGAGGCGAGAAUCAGAUCGAGUCAGUGCUUUCAGAAGUUUUCACAGAAUGUCGGUGGCCCCAAUUGGUUAGCCUUGCACGCAAGCCGCAUCAUGGUGGUGACCAUCCUUGCUGUGGUGGCAUCGUACGUGCCUGCAUUUGGGGCCUUCAUCGCCUUCGUCGGGAGCACGGUGUGUGCUCUGCUCGCUUUCGUGCUGCCUACUGCCUUCCAUCUCAGCAUUGUGGGGUCUUCGAUGAGCUUGUGGCGACGCCUGCUGGACUACGGUUUCCUUCUCUUUGGCCUUGUUUUUGCUGUCUAUGGAACCUUCACUGCUCUCUAACUUGUCACAUUGACCAAGAUCAAAAUGGCCAAGAACUA